UAUAACUCGUUACCACCACUUAUAAGUCGUUCCCACCACUUAUAAUUCGUUUACUGCGUCUGGACUAAAUUCUUCGUAAGGCCUAUGCUAGAGCGAUUUAGAGUCGUCUUUUUUAAAACUACUGACUUUGUUCUGACCAUUUUAGCCAAAAAUGGAUGAACGAGAGCAAGAACGAAAUGCAGUGAUAAAGAUAUGCUUUGAAAUGGGACUCAUGUACAAAGACAUAGUUACGAUUCUUGCCACAGAGUGUGGAAUUGUAAUUUCUUUCCGUCAUUUGAAAAGGCUGCUCAGACAGCAUGGCCUGUCAAGGAGAAAAAACUACAGUGACAUCGGUGAGGUUGUAGACUUUAUUCUAAAGCAGGUCGAGGGAUCGGGUCGUCUGCAUGGCUACCGAUGGAUGUUUGAAAAAUGUCGGGCACAUCAUAUCAAUUGUAAAAAGGAAGAUGUAAGGAUAAUCCUUGGAGUUGUCGACCCAGAAGGGACAACUCAGAGGAGAAGGAGAAGACUGAGGCGACGUCAGUAUUCAUCCAAAGGGCCAAACUUUUUGUGGCAUCUGGACAGCUACGAUAAAACUGAAAACCCGAAGGUGAUUGGAGGGUACUACAUAGAAAAGGUGUCAGACAUCGGAGGAUGUCCAUCUGUUGUACGUGGGGAUCUAGGUACCGAGAAUGGAUAUGUGCGUGACUUUCAAAGGUUCUUCCGUGAGGAUGAUGAAGAUGGCAUGGCGGGCAUUUGCAGUUAUCUAGAAGGUCCAAGCACUGCCAAUCAAAGGAUCGAGUACUGGUGGUCCUUCCUUCGAAGGGAGUGCAUGGAAUUUUGGAUCUAUUUUUUUCGCGAUUUGCAAGAUGACGGUGAUUUCAUUGGCAAUUUCGUAGAUGUCAAUCUCCUACGGUUUUGUUUCUUACAUCUUAUCCAGGCUGAGCUUGAUGAAGUGGUAGAUAUAUGGGAUCGGCAUCUCAUUAGACCAUCGAGGAACGUCCAAGCUCCUAGCGGCUGCCCAAACAUUAUGUUCAACUUGCCGUCUUUGUACACUACAAGAGAUUAUCUGCAUGGUGUGAGCCAGGAACGUAUGCAAGCAUGCAAAGAGGAAUGUGUUUUCAGAAAAACAAUACCAUGUGAUGAAGACAUCUUUGAACUCUGUUGCAUCGUGAUGAAUGAAGUUGGGUACGAGUAUCCAAGAGACCGACACGGUGCUCGACUUCUUUAUGUAGCUCUUCGACGUGAGAUAACACACUUGCUUAACAAUUAAUUCUGUCUGAAGGUGCAGCAGCUAUAGGUUCAAACCAACUUAACCAAGGAAUACAAACAAUACCUGAUCAUGUGGGUGUGUUUUAAGUUUUUCCUUUUUUGUUCUUCUUAAGGAAAUAAGCAUAGUCUAAUUGCCUUCUCGCCAAUCAUUGGUUUUGUACACAGUUUGACCUAGAUUAUCUGGCCACUAUC